AUGCGCUACGUGACCAGUGUGGUGUGCUGGCCUGUGGCCCUGGCAUGGCUGGUCGUCUGCGGCCUCGUGUCCAAGCUUGGGCCACAGAAGCUGCACUUUGUGAAGGCGAAGGCCCUCAGCACCCUGGGCCAGCUCUUCCAGAUCGGCUUCACAAUCAUCGCGAAGACUGCGCUGAUGCCGUUCAUGUGCUACUCCCACCCCAAUGGGAAAUCCAGCGUCCUCCGGUUCAGUGACGUGAUCUGCUGGGAGGAGGAGACGGGGCAUACGACCAUGGUCAUCUUUGGCGUGGUGAUGACUGGGAUCAUGCUCAUCUACUGGGUGACCCUGCUGUGGUCUACCAUCCAAGCACCGAGGAGGUCCGCAAAUGCAGACCUCUUCUUCUUGCAGGCGACGCGCUUCUUGUUCUUCCGCUUCAGGACCGACUACUGGUGGUACGGAACCUGGUUCAUCCUCCGAGGUCCUCUCCUCUCCUUGCCGGUGGUGAUCUUCACGGACUUGCCUCAGGUUCAGCUGUUCGUCAUGACGGCGGUGCUGGAAACCUACAUGGUAGUGCAGCUCAUGACAUGGCCGUGGAAGACGCCCCUCAUCAACCUGGCGGAUGGCGCCAUGAGCAUGAUGAUGAUCUUGCUGCUCUCGAUCGGGUCCGCCUUCCUGGAUGCCCUGGAGGGUCAGGUGAAGGCCACCUACUCGUCUCUGGCAAUGGGAGUCCUUGGCAUUCUCUACAGCAUCGCCUUUGUCUUGCUGAGCCUGGUGGUUGUAGCCAUGGUCCACACCACCGCCAUGGGCUCUGCUAACGAGCUCCCGAUUCUGCUGCCUGGACGGCCCCUGUCGAAGAGGCUCACGAAUCGUGGGAACCCUGCGAUCAUCUGGACGAUCCGAAACUUGCCAAGGACGCUUGGACGUCCUCCAAGCAACUCCAUGCUGCGAGAGGCAGCGCUCGCGUUCGUGUUCUGCGUUUGA